AGGGCGCGCCACCUACCGUUUUCCAUUCCCUCCCCCCCGAAAUCUGAAUCCAAAUCUCGGCCGACUCCGCCGCCCCAUGCCUCCCUCGCCGUCGCAGCCGCCGCCGCCGGCCACGGAGGAGGUCGAGGUGGAGGACGUCUCGGACGACGAGACGGUGGAGGGAGAGGCGCCGCCACUUGCCCCGGCCCCGGCUCCGGCUCCUGCCCCGCCGGCCGGCGGAGGUGCCGAGGCGAGCCGUGCCGCGUCGGGGUCGGGGGAGGCGGCGGGCGGAGAAGGGGCCGACGAGGAGGAGGAGGACGAGGAUGAGGACGAAGAAGACGACUCCGACGACGAAGAGGACGAGGAUUCGGAGGAUGAAGGGGACGAGGACGAGGACGAAGACUCCGACGAGGAGGGGGACGACGAAGGCCAAGAUUCCGAUGACGACGACGAAGACGAGGACUCUGAUGAGGAGGAGGACGAAGACGAGGACGAUGAAGACGAGGACGAGGACGACGACGACGACGAGUAGGACGGGAUGGAAAUGGAGCUUGCGGCGUUCGCAUCUGGGUGAGGAUGAAAUGAAGAUGCAAGUAGCUGAAGGGUCUGUUUUGCACUGAUGCUCAAGUGUAUGUAUGUAAGGGAUGGCAAUCGGUAAUCAUAUGUUGCGGAUGCAGAACAUUGGCUACGGCAUGACUAAAUAUUUGCCUCAGGGUGACCUCUGAAGCUUCUGUUGCUGAUUCUCUGUUCCCACUAUGUACUAUGGUGAAAAUUGUAUUGUUCUGCUCAUCUGAGCCCUGUAUCUGCUAUUUGAGGAGGAAACUUUGCGUGCCACGAUUCUAUCUUUCGUCGAAAACUUAGAAAUCAUAUGUAAAACUUUGAGUGUAUCAUCAGUGAAUGGAUUUUCGGUUCGGCUUUUAA